AUCAGAAUACAUCAGAAAUGGUAAUUGCUGAUCUCCAGAAUGCAUCCAUGAAAAUCGAAGCCCACCGCGAAUUGCCGAACGACGAAUGCUUUUCACAUGAUACAGCCGGAAAUCAGAAUUCUCCAUAUGUUCAGAACAAAUCAUGAAUUCUACUAAUUUUUGACUGGCUACUCAGCACAUGUUUUUGUACUCAGUAAAGCCAAGACAAAUAAUUCUGUUUGCUUAAUAAAUAAUUCUUAGUGUCAAAGUGGUUCCUUACAAAACUGUCGAGCGGGUCUCAGCAUUUUUGAACCGGCUUUGGCAGCAUUAUCAACGAUUGCCAUUGAUAGGCAAGCUAAUAAAGUAGUUGGAUGUCGGUUUACUGCUGAUUUUGUUGAUGCUCCUGGGUCUCCUCCCUUCCCUGAUGAGCCUGAAGAAUUCAAAGCUCUGAAAGGAUUAUGGUUAAAGUUUGAUACAGAUUGGGCUCAAACAAAAGAACAACCCAUACGAAGAGGUCAAUGGGCUCAUUGGGUUGGUGUGGUGGUUCAUCCAGACUAUAGUAAUAGAGGCAUUGCCAGGUCUCUCUAUGAACAUAAUGUUAACCUAUUGAAAUCAAAAGGAUAUACGGGUGCCAUAUGUGAAAAUGCUAGUGCAUUUAGUGCUAAAGCAGUUGAAAAAGUAGGAGGCAAGCUCAUCUUUGUUCAGCCUUAUUCUACCUAUCAAUACAAUGGUAAUUUUCCAUUUCAAUCAAUCCCUCAUCUUCAUGUUGAGUUUGGUCUCAGAGAAGCCAUAUUCUAA